UGAAUCGCCCUUCAAAUACCCCUUCUUUCUCCGCUGGUAUGCUGGCUCGUGCCUGUGCUCAAACGUCCUUGACAUUCCAGUCCAGCAUUCCGGGCUCCACAUUCGCCAUCAUCGCUGCAUGAUCUUAAAAUUAUUUUGUCAUUCCUUUUCGUGAGAAGAGAAAACACAGACACUUUCAUUGAUAAAGACGGGCAUGCGCCUUUUUUGAGUACCUGGUGGCUAAAUCACAAUGACUCGGUUUAUCUUGGGGCUCCUGGUGACGGUGCUGGCCUCCUUCGUAGGGGCUACAUCCGUGUUCUCUCCUGCUCGCCCCCCAGCAUUACCCCUGGCGGUCAAAUCACCGUAUCUAAGCACUUGGCUUGCCGCAGGAAGUGAUGGAGGUAAUGGAGGCUAUUUGGCUGGAGAAUGGCCAACGUUUUGGGCCGGACAAAUCAAUGGCUGGGCGGGCAUGGUUCGUGUCGAUGGCACCACUUAUACUUGGAUGGGUCUUCCGGGAACUACUACAGUCAACCAGACCUCUUAUGUUUACACAUCCACGAGAAGCAUAUUCACCAUGACUGUGGACGACAAAGUGCAGAUGAACAUCACGUUCCUGUCACCCAUCACGCCAAACGACCUGAAGAGACAAUCACUCAUUUUCUCUUACGUCGAGGUGGAGGUUGAAUCGCUCGAUGGCGAGGCCCAUGACGUGCAAGUUUAUUCCGAUAUUUCGGCCGAAUGGACUUCCGGGGACCGCACAGCCACUGCAACAUGGGACUACGGAACAACUAGCAACAAUGUCGCGUACCAUAAGGUCAGCCGUCAGACUGAGCUUGCUUUCUCAGAGACUAGCGAUCAGGCGGAUUGGGGAGAGUGGUACUGGGCGACCGACGAGAGCGACAGCAUGACAUAUCAAUCUGGUAUUGAUGUCGAUGUGAGAGGAGCUUUUACAGCAAACGGGACGUUGGGAAACUCCCAGGAUGCCGAUUAUCGCGCAAUUUCAACAAAUUGGCCGGUUUUUGCGUUUGCUCACGACUUGGGAUCUGUUGACUCGUCCGUCGGAGUAUUGUUCUCCAUUGGACUGGUGCAGACCGAUGCGAUGCAGUACAACGGAACUGACAAUGGUUACGCGCCUUUGCCAUCGUUGUGGACAAGCUAUUUUAGCGACGGCCCAGCAGCUUUGGACUUUUUCCAUAAUGACUACGAAACUUCUUCUGCUCUUUCCACUGAGCUGGAUGACAAGAUUGCAACUGACUCUAUAACAGCAGCGGGCCAGGACUAUCUAACCAUCACUUCACUCACUGUUCGCCAGGCUUUUGGUGCCACACAGUUGUGCGGAACGACAGCAGAUCCUUAUUUGUUCAUGAAAGAGAUUUCGUCCGACGGAAACAUCAACACAGUGGACGUCAUAUUCCCUGCCCAUCCGAUCUUCCUGUACACUAACCCAGAGCUUCUUGACUUGCUACUGAAACCACUCUAUGAGUUUCAAGAAUCUGGAAAGUACCCAAACUCCUAUGCAAUGCAUGAUAUUGGGAGUAAUUAUCCCAAUGCGACUGGUCAUGCCGAUGGUAAUGAUGAAGCGAUGCCCUUGGAAGAGUGCGGAAACAUGGUAAUCAUGUCUCUGGCAUUCGCUCAAAGGGCAAGCAAUACGUCAUAUCUUGCAGCACACUACGACAUGCUAAAUGUGUGGACGAGCUAUCUGAUUGAAGAUGCACUUUAUCCAUCGAACCAGAUUUCUACCGAUGACUUUGCUGGAAGUCUAGCUAACCAGACAAAUCUGGCUUUGAAGGGGAUUAUUGGCAUUGAAGCGAUGGCUACUAUCAGCAAGGAAACAGCUCACUCCACCGAUGCUUCAAACUAUACAGCCAUCUCUCAUCGGUACAUCCGGCAAUGGGAGAAGAUUGGAAUUGCACACAAUGCGAACCCUCCCCAUACGACGUUAUCAUAUGGCGCGAAUAACUCCCAUGGUCUCCUGUAUAAUCUUUACGCCGACCGCGAGUUGGGAUUGAACUUGGUGCCACAAUCAGUGUACGAGAUGCAGAGUGCAUUCUAUCCUACGGUGCAAAACACCUAUGGGGUACCGCUGGACACUCGCCACACAUAUACCAAGGGUGACUGGGAGCUAUUUACUGCCGCUAUCGCGUCAACGACCACGAGGGACAUGUUCAUCAGUCUUCUUGCCAACUGGAUCAAUGUCACCCCGACCAACCGAGCUCUUACAGAUCUCUACGAUACUACUACCGGGGAGUAAGUAAACGCAAUAUCAACUUCUGGAACCUUAGGCUAAUGUCUGUAGCUAUCCUUCAAUUACCUUCAUCGCCCGACCCGUUGUGGGUGGUGCUUUCGCCCUCUUACUUCUCAAUCAGGGCGACUAAGU